UCUGCUGUGACGUAAACAUUCUGCGACUGUCCAGGAGAAGGCAACAUGGCUACUCCUAACGAGAAGAAGCGUGGUCUUGAACAUUUGGACGAAUAUGAACCAAAACCAGCUAAACACCUCCGAAGCCUGCAUGACCGUAUGGCGGAGAGAAGGCUGGUCGUUAUACUGGAGGGAGCAUCCUUAGAAACAGUAAAGGUCGGAAAAACGUUUGAGCUGUUAAAUUGCGACCAACACAAAAAUAUGAUCGUCAAAAGUGGAAGAGAUCCGGGACACAUAAGACCAGACAUCACACAUCAGUGUCUACUCAUGCUGAUGGACAGUCCGCUGAAUAGGGCGGGCCUCCUGCAGGUUUACAUCCACACAGAGAAAAAUGCAUUAAUAGAGAUCAACCCUCAGACCCGCAUCCCAAGAACCUUCAAUCGCUUCUGUGGCCUCAUGGUUCAGCUGCUGCACAAGCUGAGUGUAAGGGCGGCUGACGGUCCCCAGAAGCUUCUGAGGAUGAUUAAAAAUCCAGUGUCUGACCACCUGCCUCCUGGCUGCCCCCGUAUUGCCACCUCCUUCUCUGCAGGAGAAGCUGUCUGUCCCCGGUCGUUGGUGCCUGAUGGACCAGCUGCAGUUGUCAUUGGAGCAUUUGCACAUGGAGCGGUUAAUGUGGACUACACGGAAAAGACUGCGUCCAUCAGUAACUAUCCACUCUCUGCAGCACUGACCUGUGCAAAGAUGUGCUCUGCCUUUGAGGAGGUGUGGGGUGUCCUGUGAAAGAACAAUUCCUGGCCCUUAUUUCAAUGGACUGGAAACACUGGACCACAUGUCCAGUAAUUCCACAUGGACUAGAGACAUGUAAUGUGUUAUACACUAUAUGUGUAUACUUACUGUAUAUAAAUGGUGUUUGUGCACCAUAUGGAAUAUUCAUUGUUUUUGUACCCAGUGCCAUAAUCAGGUACAGACAUGGCUGUUGAUGACUUAUUAGAUGUACAUUAAAAUGUAUGACUAAAUACCGAGUGA